CCUGGCACUUUCGCAUCUCCGACCUCACUAAAGAGUGUGCCCGGUCUUGACUCAGAUCUGGUCUCUGACCACCAUGUCGUUCAGGAUGAGAUGCAUGCCCUCUGGGUCGCUCCCUAACCGACUGAAGGUUGGCCGGUAUGCGGGAUUUACGCUGCGGUGGAACUCGACUGUUACCCGGGAUCCUAUGACUGGGGAGUUCACUGCUCUGCCGGAUAUUGAGCCUGCCAGACUGCAAGUCCAAAAGACUGACUCCCCGCGCCCCCCUCCCCCUGCUUCUAAUCUCGUCUUCGGGCAUACAUUUACUGACCAUAUGCUGACUAUCUCAUGGUCCGCUCGAACGGGUUGGGAUACCCCCAAAAUCGUCCCUUACGGACCCCUUAGUCUGUACCCCAGCACGAGCGUCUUUCACUAUGCUCAGACCAUCUUUGAGGGCAUGAAGGCGUACCGGGACGAAAAGGGUAAAGUGACCCUCUUCAGACCUGAUAUGAACAUGAAGCGCAUGAACAGCAGUGCACAGCGCGUGGCCCUCCCCACCUUCAACGGAGACGCGUUAUUGCAUCUGAUCAAGGAGCUUAUUCGCUUGGACAAGCACUGGAUUCCCCAGCAGAAAGGAUACAGUCUAUAUGUUCGGCCUACCAUGAUUGCCACUGAAGCUGCCAUCGGGAUCCACCCACCGGCAGACGCAUUACUCUUUGUUAUCUGCAGUCCUGUAGGGCCAUAUUAUCCUAGAGGUUUCAAACCUGUUGGUCUGUAUGGGACAACUGAGUAUGUGCGGGCCGCUCCCGGAGGUACUGGUGCAUAUAAACUUGGAGCCAACUACGCCCCUUGUGUGGUAGCGCAGAAAGAAGCUGCUAAGCUGGGCUACGAGCAAAAUCUAUGGUUAUACGGCCCUGAACACAACCUCACGGAAGUCGGAACUAUGAACUUAUUUGUUGUGUUCAAGACUGAGGAUGGGUCCGCGGAACUCGUCACUCCUCCCCUGGAUGGCAUGAUCUUGCCGGGAGUAACCAGGGAUUCAGUACUUGCGCUAGCAAAGGAUCACGCUUCUGGAAAGUACAAGAUCCCGGGUUUGUCCGACAAGUUGGUGGUCUCCGAGCGGCCCGUCACGAUGAAGGAGGUCAAGCAAGCCUCGCAAGACGGCCGGCUGGUUGAACUAUUCGGAACUGGAACGGCGGCUGUCAUCAGCCCGGUUGACAGAAUCGGUUACAUGGGAGAAGACGUGCUUAUCCCUACAGGUCCGGAUGGUAUGGGCCCCGUCUCGAAGCCUAUCUGGCAGGAGCUUGUUGGUAGACAAAUGGGCUCUAUACCUAGUGAAUGGAGCGUGCUUGUAACAGAGUAGUCAUUUCUACGUUUCGUCCUGUUUGGAUUAUCAGAGGAUGGUGUACGUCAGUGGUUAUUCCUCAGGACAACUUUGGCAACAGUAGUAUUUCUACCCAGCGCAGGUGAGGUCGGAAGAGUAACAAUCAU